ACAUUGUGUAACACACCUGACUGUCCUGUGGUCUAGAGUGUGACAUCUGUGUGGUGACCCUGAUGAAGGAUCUGGAGGGGAUGGAUGAUGAACUUUCCCGCCUGAAGUCCAAACUGGGAAAACUGACCGGCAGCAGCAUCCCUCUGGCUCAACUCAAGAAGCUGGAGGAGGCCAUAACUGUUACCAGGGAGCUUCUAAGCAGGCUCAAGGCCUCUGCUGUUUCCCUGGAGCCCAAAGUCAAACAGCUGGAAAUGGACAUGGGCACCAUAGAUGAGGACCUGGUCACCCUGGACAACAAGGCCAGAAAGCUCUUCCCUCAGUCCGAGGAGGUGCUGAAGACUGUGAACCACACCAAGCACAGAAGCCAGGAGCUGCUUAACAGCGUGGGAGAUCUUUUGGACGACAUACAGGACCUCCUGGACCAGAUCGCCAGGGGCAACCACACCAGCGGUCCGGUCUCCGACAAGGAUGCUGUGCGGAUGCUGGGGGAGGCCAAGCACCUGGUUCAGGAGAUGAGGAGACAGAACUGCUCGGGCCAGAGGACCGUGGCCCACACCGAGCUCCGUCAGGCCCAGAACCUGCUUGAUUACAUCACCCGGAACCUCACGGAUCCUUCGAGCACCAAUCAGGCGUUGGCAGACAGGAUCGGGGGAUCUCUCAUGAGAGAUCUGGCCAGACUCAGGGAUCUGCAGAAGGCACUGGAACACGCAGAGGGCGCGCUGAAAAGCACACACAAGCUCAACCACCAGAGCCAGGCCACACUCAGGAGGCUACAGUCUCGCGCGAUGGAACUGAGGGAGUCGAAAGACUCCGUCACCUCCGGCCUGCAGAUGACCAGACAGCUGCUGGGGAAUGUGUCUGACCAGCUGAGCAUGAUGCAGGACAUUAAGACAGAAUAUGAGCAUCUGGCAGCACAGCUGGAUGGGGCAGAGAGCGAUCUUGUUAAGAAACUUGGCUCCCUUUCCUCCUUGGCAUCAGUGGCGGGUCUUGUGCAACAGGCUGAGAUUCACGCUCGAAACCUCAGCGAUCUGGCCAUGGCGCUCUCCAUGAAGCUCCAAAGCGUGGUCAAAGGCUCAAAUGUGCACCACUUCUUCGAGGUCAUCAGGGCGUACACAGAUAUUAUUGAGGCCGUAGAGAAGGCGGAGACUGCAGCCAGAGAGGCCAAGGAGGCGGCAGACAGUGCACUGGAGGAUGUGACGAGGCAAAACCUUAUCAGCCGAGCCUCGAGCCUGAUUGUGGAUGCAAAGAAGCCUGCUGUCCAAAGCCAAGGAGCAGAGAAGAACCUGAAUGACACGGCAGAGGAAUUGGGUUCACAGCAGGAGAGAGUCGGUCGGGUAAAGGACAAGAUGGCCGCCCUCUGGAGGGACCUACAGGCCAGCCAGCAGAACCUCAGCAUGAUCAACAGAGGUGACACAGACGCUCUCCUGAACUCCACCAAGGCAGCUGUGUCGUCCGCCGAGGCCAGGGUCAAGGCCAUGACGACUAGACUGCAGGAAAUCAGUGCUGGCCUGAAGAACAUAAGUGUCCCAUCUGCGGGGGCCGGAUCGGGGGGUUCGGAUCUGGACGGGGUGCUGAACCAGGCAAACAAUGCAUGUGAGUCCCACACAGGCCCCUGGGUCUUAGCACCCUCUGGGUUAGGUGGCCACAGUUCCCUGCCUUUCUAUUUGUACCAUCCCACUGCUACAGCCUGA